AUGGCUGACCUCAGUCAAAGUUUGAAGGAUUACAUGUCGCGCUCCAGUAGCAAGGAGGUUCCGUCCACAUCCAAGUAUUCACUCCUCAGCCCUAAUAAAUGGUUCUCGUCUGGUGAGGACAUAGAAGAUAAGCCUCAGACUGAAGCUGCCAACGGCUGGUUUGUUGACGCCCAGUCGGACCCCUGUCUUCCUAGUCUGACAAAGAAACAAAGAAUUUUAGGUUUUAUUAUCUGCUUGUUGAUGGGGACCUUCUGUCUGAGUUUGGCCUGCUUGUACCUUCCUAUGCUAGUCCUCAAGGCCAGAAAGUUUGCCCUCUUAUACUCACUGGGUAGUAUAUUCAUCAUCUCUAGUUUUGCUCUCUUGUGGGGUCCUGUGCACCACGUAAAACACCUGUUUUCUGUGGAUCGUCUCCCUUUCACAGCAACCUACUUUGGGACCCUGUUUGCUACUGUAUACUUCUCCAUGUGGGUUCAGAGCACACUUUUCACAGUCAUCUUUGCCCUGGCACAGGUCAUCGCCUUGAUCUGGUACAUUGUCAGUUACAUUCCAGGAGGACAGAGGGGACUCAAGUUCUUCACCAGCAUAUUCUAUGCAGCAGCUUCUAAGACAGUAGGGAAGACUCUUCCCAUGUAG